AUGACAAUUGGAAGAAAAGAAUCGCGACUUGCUGUAGCGAUCAAACCAGCGCCUGCUGCUCGAAACACUACUGCUGCUGAUGGCACUUAUGAUGGGUACAUAAGAGGAGUUUCAGAUCUUCCUCCUGCUAUUCCAAAUAAUGAAGAUCGUCCAAUCAUUCGACCUAUUGGCAAGACGCAUUGGAAGGACAUUCCUGUUGUUCGAAAGGGCAGAAGACCAUCAAGUGUAUUGACAUGCCUUCUGAAAAGUAACCAUCCCGGUAUUCUGGAUUAUGAUGGUGCGAAGGUGGUUGCGACGGAGUGGGAGCAUUAUCAUGCGGUGAAGGACACGAAUGGUCAUUCUGUUGCAGACAAAAUUGAAGAUGCUUUUUGGCUAAGGUACAAGUAUGAAGAUGCAUACUCAGAGAAGGCAAAGCAACAUGUUCGAAGAUGUUGCAAGGCACUUUUGCCAAGUAUAUUUUACUAUGCAAGAAUCCAAGCCAUAAUUGAUCAUUUUCGAAAAACUGAGAACACUAACAUGAAUGACAAGCUUGCUGGGCAAUACUAUUUGGAUAGAGCUCAGUAUUUGGUGCAAAGAUAA